UGAAAUCAAAUGAAAAUCCUCCGUUGAGGCACAGCCUGUGUUGCGGUCGUUGGAGUCGGAGAAGACGCCACAUCUGAACGAAACUUGCCGGCAAGAAAAGCUGCCCCAUUCACUUUCUCGUUUUCUUUUAAUUCUUCCGAAUCUGCGUUCUCCGACGUAGAAUCUAGAGUCCCUUCAACAAUUCCCUACUUUCUUCCGCGAUUCAAAUCCCUAAUCGGCUUGAGUUGAUUCUGUGGCGCGCGAUCUAGUUUGAGGUUGAAUACGAAUAGAAUAUUAUAAUAAUCGGAUGGCAGGACCAAAUAUGGAUCAGUUUGAAGCGUAUUUCAGGAGAGCAGAUUUAGAUGGAGAUGGCAGAAUCACUGGAGCUGAAGCUGUUUCUUUCUUUCAGGGAUCCAAUUUGCCCAAACAUGUUCUUGCUCAGGUAUGGAUGCAUGCUGAUCAAGCCAAAACUGGUUUCCUUGGGCGGACAGAGUUUUAUAAUGCUCUGAGAUUAGUAACUGUCGCUCAGAGUAAGCGAGAUUUAACGCCUGAUAUUGUGAAGGCAGCGUUAUAUGGUCCUGCUGCUGCCAAAAUCCCUCCGCCGCAGAUCAAUCUUGCUGCUAUACCUCCACCACUUCCGAAUUCAGUGGCUGCGGCACCUGUUGCACCGAUGGGUGGAACUGCACCCAUAUCGUCUCAAAGUUUUGCCUAUAGAGGACAAGGGUUAGCAGGUCCUGUUGCAAACCCGCAAUAUUUUCCUUCCCAGCAGAGUCCAACCAUGAGACCACCUCAACCCAUGCCUGCUAGUAGCGCUCCCCGUCCACAGCAGGCUGUUGCAAGUCCAGAUAUUUCUAAAGGAUUUAACAUGGCUGGCCACAAUCUCUCAAAUCCUGGCAUCUCAAAUGAUUGGAAUAGUGGAAGAACUGGUACAGUUCCUGCUAGGCCUGCAGGAAUCCCUCCAUCGGUUGCAUUACCAACAUCAACAUCACUCUCUCCAGUCUCACCAAUGUCCCAGCCAGCAUCUAUUAUCACUAAAUCAUCAGCUGUUUCUGGAAAUGGUUUCUCUUCAAAUUCAGUUUUGGGCAAUGAUUUAUUCUCUGCUGCCUCAUCCGCACCCAAACAAGAACAUACUGGACAGAAUUAUUCUGCUAGCGGUGCACAUGCUUCAUCAGCCAUUCUUCCAGUUUCCAGUGGUGCCCAACCUGCAAGUAGGCAAAGUUCACUUGAUUCAUUGCAGAGUGCAUUCUCAAUGCAGCCUACAAAUAGUCAGCUUCCGCGGACACAGUCUGCAUCAAACACAAGCCAGCAAAUUUCACCGCCAUCUUCUUCUCCGCUUACAUCAUCUGGACUUGGAAAUUAUUCUUUUAGCAGUGUUCCUGCUUCAUCAGCCAUUGUUCCAGUUUCAAGUGGUGCCCAACCUGCAAGCAAGCAAAGUUCACUUGAUUCAUUGCAGAGUGCAUUCUCACUGCAGCCUACAAGUAGUCAGGUUCAGCGGACACAGUCUGGAUCAAACACAAACCAGCAAAUUUCACCAUCAGCUUCUUCUCCGCAUACACCAUCUGGGCUUGGAAAUACCAUUUCUGACAAUUCACAGCUUUCUUGGCCAAAAAUGAAACCUUCUGAUGUGCAGAAGUAUACAAAGGUGUUUAUGGAAGUUGACACUGACAGGGAUGGAAAAAUCACUGGGGAGCAGGCCCGCAGUCUAUUUUUAAGUUGGAGAUUACCAAUAGAUGUCUUAAAGAAGGUGUGGGACUUAUCUGAUCAAGAUAACGAUAGCAUGCUUUCUUUGAAGGAGUUCUGCUUUUCUCUUUAUUUGAUGGAGCGAUACAGGGAAGGUCGCCCUCUUCCACAGUCUCUUCCUAGUAAUGUUAUAUUUGACGAGACACUGCUGUCUAUGACGGGCCAUCCAAAAAUUACUUAUGGAAAUGCAGCCUGGGGUAUAGGCCCAGGUUAUCUGCAGCAACAAGGGAUGCCAGGUGCUCGGCCAAUGGCACCGGCAGGUGGUUUGAGGCCGUCAGUGGAAGGAACUUCUGCCCGGGCUGAUGGCACUAUGCAGCCCAAUCAGCAAAAGUCAAGUGUGCCUGUGUUGGAUGAUUCCAUUUUGAAUCACACAGAUAAUGGUGAGCAGAAUAUAUUCAACUCGAAGCAUCAAGAGGCCACAACUGCAGGGAAAAAGGCUGAAGAAACAGAGAAUGUGAUUUUGGAUUCAAAAGAAAAGAUUGAGCUCUACCGCAACAAAAUGCAGGACCUGGUUCUAUAUAAAAGUAGAUGUGAUAAUCGACUAAAUGAGAUUACAGAAAGGGCAUCUGCAGAUAAGCGUGAGGCGGAAUCAUUGCACAAGAAAUAUGAAGAGAAAUACAAACAAGUGGCAGAAAUAGCAUCCAAAUUGACUAUAGAAGAAGCUAAAUUUCGUGAUAUACAGGAAAGGAAGGUUGAGUUGCAGCAAGCCAUUGUCAAAAUGGAACAAGGAGGCAGUGCAGAUGGUAUUCUUCAGGUUCGUGCUGAUCGUAUACAGUCAGAUCUUGAGGAGUUAUUUAGGGGUCUAGCUGAGCGGUGCAAGAAACAUGGGAUAGAUGUGAAGUCAAUUGCAAUGGUUCAGCUUCCUGUUGGUUGGCAAUCCGGAAUUCCAGAGGGGUCAGCUGUUUGGGAAGAAGAUUGGGAUAAAUUUGAAGAUGAAGGAUUUGCCAAUGAUCUCACUUUUGAUGCAAAAAAUGCAUCUUCAAAACUGAAACCUGCAUUCAUUCAUGGAGAACAGAAUUUCCAUGAUGAUAAUUCACUUCAUGGCUCACCAGCGAAUGCAAAUGGGAAGCAAGAAAAUUCUACUAACGGUGAUUAUACAGUUGAGGAUGAAUCUUCUUAUGCACACAGCGAAGAUGAAUUGGCAAGAAGCCCACGCGAUAGUCCAGCUGGGAGGACUUCAAUGGAGAGUCCUUCCCAAGAAUUUUCAAAUGCUCAUUUUGAAAAAAGUUCCGAAGCAGAUGCAGAAACACACAGAAGUUUUGAUGAAUCGACCUGGGGUGCAUUUGACAAUAACGAUGAUGUGGACUCGGUGUGGGGUUUUAACACUGUUAAUACCAAGGACUCUGACUCGGAGCAGCAGAGAGAUUUCUUUAAAUCUGGUGAUUUUGGUAUAAACCCAGUUAGAACAGGAUCUACACAUACAGAUGGCACGUUCCAUACAAAAAGCCCAUUUACUUUUGAUGAUUCUGUGCCUGGAACUCCACUUUCUAAGUUCGGCAACUCUCCAAGGUACAGUGAGGCAGGCGAUCACUUCUUUGACAUGUCAAGAUAUGAUUCCUUCAGCAUGCACGAAAGUGGAUAUUCUCCGCAAGCAGAGAGGUUUACAAGAUUUGAUUCCAUGAGUAGCAGCAAGGAUUUUGGCUACAAUCCCGACAAAUUCACAAGGUUUGAUUCCAUAAGUAGCAGCAAAGAUUUCGGCUACAAUCCUGAGAAGCUCACAAGGUUUGAUUCCAUGAGUAGCAGCAAAGAUUUUGGCGUUAGUCAUCAGGGGCAUGCAAGGUUUGACUCAAUUAGUAGCACCAAGGGCUUCAGUGGUCCAUUCUCUUUCGAUGACUCUGAUACAUUCGGCUCCUCUGGCCCAUUUAAGGUCUCUUCAGAGAAUCAAUCACCCAAGAGAAAUUCUGAUAGUUGGAGUGCAUUCUAGCCUGCAAUCCAACUUUCCCCGGUUUUUCUUUGCUGUUUCCAUUUCCUUGAUUGUUCAUGAUAGCCUAUUUUUUGUGUAUAGCUAGAAGAAAAGCUGGACGGUAGCAUUGUAUGGUAUGACGUAUGUAUUAGUUUAAAGACAGCUUUUUCCAAGAUUGUUACUAUUUUUUUUUUUGGGGGGGGGGGGGGGGGGGGUAAUGUGAGGAUGAGUGUGUUGUGAGAAAGUGGGAGAGAGAGAUAUGGAGAUGAGAUUAAAUGACUUGGUGUGUAUGUAAUACUUAGUUGAAUGUCAAGCGCGUGCAAAGUCAGGCUUUCUUUUUCUGGGGGAAUUCAUUACAUGCAGUUCGUGUAUGUGACGCGUCCCAAUGGCGUCUUGUUAUGCAUAUCAUUUCAUUCUCCAGGAACAAAAACUGCACUGAAUACAUUCCUCCGCUAGUUAUUUCAUAUCUGU